UACAGUGGCUGUUCUGCCUGCCCCUCAGGACCUCUCUGUACACUCAACCAACAUGAAGCAUCUCUUGAUGUGGAACCCAGUGAUUGUGCCUGGAGAAACAAUAUACUAUUCUGUUGAGUACCAGGGGGAGUAUGAAAGCCUGUACCUGAGCCACCUCUGGAUCCCCAGCCACUGGUGCUCGCCCACCAAAAGUACUGAGUGUGAUGUCACUGAUGACAUCACUGCUACUGUGUGGUACAACCUCCGAGUCAGAGCCACACUGGGCUCACAGACCUCACCCUGGAGCACCCUAGAGCACCCCUUUAAUCGAAACUCAACCAUCCUUACCCCACCCAAGAUAGAGGUCACCAAAGAUGGCUUCCACCUGGUUAUUGAGCUGGAAGAGCUGGGGCCUCAGUUUGAGUUCUACGUGGCCUACUGGAGGAGCAAGCCCGGUGCCAAGGAAUAUGUCAAAGUGGUAAAGAGUGGGGGCAUUCCAGUGCACCUGGAAACCAUGGAGCCAGCGGCCAGGUACUGUGUGAAGGCCCAGACAUUCGUGAAGGCCAUCGAGAGGCGCAGUGCCUUCGGUCAGGCAGAAUGUGUCGAGAUGCAAGGAGAGGCUCUCCCCCUGGCACUGGCCCUGUUUGCAUUUGUUGGCUUCAUGCUGCUUCUUGUGGUUGUGCCACUCUCCAUCUGGAAAAUGGGCCAGGUGCUCCAGUACUCCUGCUGCCCCACAGUGGUCCUCCCUGACACCUUGAAAAUAACCAAUUCACCCCAGAAGUUAAUCAGCUGCAGAAGGGAAGAGGUGGAAUCCUGUGCCAUGUCUGUGCUGUCUCCUGAGGAGCUCCUCAGGGCCUGGAUCUAAUGGGCUUGCGAAAGGCCCAGCUGAAGCUGAGAACUUGGUCUGCACGACACAAGACCUAUGAAGAAAGGUUGUGUUUCUAUUUUCCUCUAUGGACAAGAGGCAAAGGAAGCAAGAAGAGCCUGCCCUGUCCAUGCCUAGAUGCACCUGUCUGAGGCAGAGUGGUUUGGUGGACAGAGCACUGACUGAGGGUCAAGAGAUGUGCCCUUUAGACUUGAGUCUGCCAUUCACUAGCUGAGUGACCCUGGGGAAUGUGACCUAAUCUUUCUGGUCCUCAGUUUUCUCAUCUGUAAAAUGGGGGGAUGAACUACACAUCUGUUAAAUAACUAAAUAAUAAAUUUAUAUAUUUAAAUAUAAAUAUAUAUAUAUAUAUAUAAAUCCAGCACUUGUAGGACUGU